CUCUUUUUCGGUUUCGCACGUAAUGUUUGUUUUUAUUUGUUAGUAUGUAUGUAUACAACAUACGCAUGCUUCUUCGACCUUUGUGAUAUGUGAAUUGUGACGGUCGUUGGCGGGGAAAACGGCGAAAGAAAGAAGAGUAUAACAAGAUACGAAUAGUACAAACAAAGAUGAAACAAAGCAUUACCUCAUAGCUUAUACUUCAUUAUUUCGCGAGUGUUGUGUCUGAUCGUGUAGUGCAAGCGGUGCUUGUUUAUGCUGUGUUCAGUUCUCCGACCAGCCGUUACGAAGCUACUAACACAAAUAUAAUACAAACAGUAAUGUUUUCAAGCCGAUAUAUAAAUUGCAACAAAGCUAACGUAGCUGAUGUACCUUUUUUUUCUUGAUAAUGUUAAUUGUGCUGAGUAAAAGCUUUCAUGGUGUAUUAUAAUAGUUUAUUUAUGGAUAUAGAAUACUGAUAUAUCCACGAAGAAUCAUGAAUAAAUUCCAAGAAUAAAUGGUCUAGGGAUGACGCUCGUUGUUUGAUGUCUUAAGCUAUGUCAGGAGCGACCCUUGCUAAAGUGGUCGGCGGUACCUGUGGUGGAUUAUCACCGCCCAUCGAACAUAUUCAUAACGGUUCCAAGGUUUUGCCUACGGGCGCUGUUGAACUAAAGGAGACUACAGGCGGAGGAGGAAGGGCGCUUAAGUUGCAAACCGAUUCCCCUCACCUGGUCAGCCUCGGAGGAAACAGAUUCAGCACAGCGGUCACUGUUCAUCCUAUACCACCAGGUCGUGUAACCUUGGGCAGCGGUAAAGGGGUAGAUAUCCACGUCCAAGGAACUGGAGUACAGCCCCUACAUUGCAACAUAGAGAACGAUCACGGAGUGGUAACUCUUUAUCCUUUGUCCGAAAAUCUUGCCAUAGAUGGAAUAAAAGUAACUAAACCAACCCGACUCACCCAAGGGGUAAUGUUAACCAUUGGCCGAUCGAAUUGUCUGCGUUUUAAUCAUCCUGAGGAAGCAAAACUAAUAAAAUCCGUUUUACCUAAUACACGCAUUUCAAUGACUCCAAUAAAAUUUGAUGUUGAUGUAACUGAGAUGGAUGAUUUGGAGGGUAAAUAUGAGAAAAAACCACCGUCAAUCCCACGUAAAGUUCAACAGACAUCGCUGCCAUCCACUGAGCAACCUAUAUCAAGCAUCCAAAUGAAAGUUUCUAAAUUUGAAUACCUCGCUGCCCAAAACUUUAAAAAAUCGAUAUCACCAAAAGUUUUCUCAUCUAAUUUAAUCACCGUUAAUACGCCUGCAAAAGAUGUUUUAGGGAAAGCCCCCCCUGAUCUUCAAGAUUUUGCUAAAAAUCUUCCUCAGUCCGCACUCAACUAUUCCGACUCCUGCUUUAACGAUGAUAAACAAAAAAACAAAACACCUGAUAGACAAUUUUUUGGACGUAAAUCUCCUCAUCAAUACGUUAAUGUGGCUAUUAAUGAAUCGAAAACCAUUAACAAUCGUGUUGUGCUAUUUGAAAAUGGGAAAAAGGAAGUAAACACUAAUAAACUGGUAAAUUGGAAUCAAAAUGUCGAAAAAUUGUCGAAUACCAACAAUUUAUAUCAAGAUUCCAACAUUUCUGGAAAUUACAGAAAUUUGCCAUCACAAAAGUUUUCGCCGGAAAUGAGAAAUAAUAACACUUUAUCUACUGUUAGACAUAGAAGCAUUACCCCAAGCCCCAGCUCGAAUAACAACUUAAAAAAACAACUACAUCGAAGGAGUGGUUCCUUAGGGGAAUUGUUUGAAAAUAACGGAAAUAUCUUCUGCGUUUCAGGAAGUUUAGAUGAUAUCGCCCAAAGGAAUAAUGAUGCUGAAAUGAAAAGAAAUAAGGCUCAGAUAGAUAGAAUCAGAGAACAAGAAAUAGAACGGGCCGAACAGGCGAGACUUGAGGAAAUAUUGACAAUGUGUGCAGAAUAUGAAAAGCAGGUGCAGUGGGAAAGAAAUAAUAAAAUAUCAACACCUAACAGAAUAAAAACAAACGGUUCGCUUCCAAGGGAUAAACGUCAAUGUUUAACUACUCCAAACAAUUCUUAUGGUGUCCCUUCACCUACAUCGAGCCCUUUAUCUCUAUCUUCCAGUAAAUCGAACGACAGCAAAGUAUUCAGUUUUGAUGGUUCAGAACCUAACAGUUUCAGUUCGAGUGGGAAUCAUCUCAGUCCAAACUAUUUCUACGAGAACGUAACAAAUAGUACCCCAAAUAGAAGACUCCAUUACGAAAAUGUAGAAAUCAUCCGAGACAAUAGGGCAAAAGACUGUGGAAGCAUGUACGAGAAUGUAUAUGUUACUCAACAAAAUAAUAUCCAAACUUACCCUCAAUCACCAAGAACAAGAAUUAAGACUAUACCAUGCAUCACUAGUAAAGAAUGUUCACCAAAAGACCACAAUAUGGAUUUAAUCGAAAAUAAAUUUCCUUCUCCUGAAAGGGAACGUCAAAAAGAAACUGACAAGCUAUUAGAAAAUAUUGAAGACAGUGUUAAAGUUUCUCCUCAGAAAACUAUACUACCAUUCUUAAGUCCCAAAGAAAGCAGUGGUUCAGAAGAAGCAUCAAAUAUACCUUAUGUAAAACGAGAAAUAAACAAAGAAAAACUGGAAUCUCUAAAAAGUGAGAAGCAGAAGGUGCUUGCCUCCAUGGCAGUAAUUAGAAGAAAAAUGUCUGAAAUCGAAAUGCAAGAAGAGGAAUUAAAUCGAGAACUUGAAAUGGAGAAAGCUCUUAUAGCCGGCGAACACAAAUCAAAAAUGUUCGAACUUCAAGAAAUGGAAACACGAAAACAAAUUUUAUUAAAUCGUGCCCACGAAGUUGAGUCUAAAAUGGAGGACUGUCAGAAAUCUCAAGCAGCUCAUCAGGAAAAUUGCAAACAACGCUUAGCUAAAGCCCAGGAAGCAUUUAAUGAAAUUGAAAAACAAUUGUCGGAAGUUAAUAAACAUUCUCCGGAAUACAAUAGUAUAUUUGAGAAAUACUUAGAAUCUCAAGAAGUUUUAGAUAAUGAAAGAAAAGUUUUUGAAGAUCUGGAAUUCCAUCAACUUGAAGAAGAGGCCAAUUGGUUAGCUUGCCGUGAAGAAAUUCAAAGGGAAAUUGUCGAGCUUUCGCAACAAAUGGAAAUUGUUCAGUCACAGAUUUUUGAUCUUGAAAAACAAAAGGUGGAAACCUCCCGAAAUAACUCGCAAGAAUUUGAUACUCUCGAAGUACAGAUGAUGGAAUAUUCUAAAGCUCUUGAAGAGCAUCGACAUCGUUUGCGAGAGGUUGAAAACGAACUCAAUAGUGCUGUGAGUAGGGAUGAAUCAGACCAAGAAUUUACGAGCGAAAGUGAUGGAGAAGUCGAACUUAGAAAUGAAAACCGGCCGACUUUUGACGCAAUUCAAAAUUUAAGUUUCUCUAUGAUUGAAACCAAUUCUGCCAAAAAACAGUAUGAAGAUAUGUCUAACAUGUCUCAAUCGUUUAACGAAAAAAUGCUACAGGAGAAAUCGAUUCUAGACGUUAGGGCUACAGGAAAAAAAUUUCCAAGUCAAGAUGAUAUUGAUAGAAUAAGCAAGGUUACUCUAGACGCUCCUAUGAAUAUAGACGGUAGCCGGGGAUCUUUGGGAAAAAAGACUAUUGAAUCUUUAAAAGAAAUUGAAAGAAAUCGGCAGCUGCACUUAGUGCAACAAGGAUCUCAAGUGAUAGAACAAGAACGACGUCGAGUCUUGGAACUAAAACAGAGAGUUCAAGAAGAGGUACGCAGUCAGUGGGCACAAAGAAGCAAAAUGGACAAUUCUCUAACAAUUUUCGAAGGAAAACACAUCAGUAUUACGAACAACGACGAUAGCUUAAAACAAAACGGCGUAUCAUUCAAGAAUGCAAGUGAAACCCCUAUCAAUGAACAUAGGACCAAGUCAGCGCCAGAGGUAGCUGAAUCUCCCACAAGGCCUCUUUCGGAAUCUAGUGACUUCAGCGUAGAAGGAGCAGGAACAUUUGGUCGUCGAAGACAAUUGCCUGAUAAGACGAGACCAUUAACCAGGUACCUCCCCAUUAGAAGUUCAGAGCUAGAUUUGAGACAACAUAUAGAAUCUGCAGGCCAUCAAGUAGUCUUGUGUCCCCAUGUCUUAAUAAAUUCCUAUAGUUGUCGGGGAUUUCUGCAUAAGAGAGGUUCAAAACUAAACAACUGGUCCAGAAGAUGGUUUGUCUUCGAUAGGAACAAACACACUUUAACCUAUUAUAUCGACAAAAGUGAGAAAAAACCUCGAGGUGGAGCAUAUUUUCAGGCAAUAGAAGAAGUUUACUUGGAUCAUUCAAACUCUAUGAAAUCACCCAAUCCUCAGCUAACGUUCAUUGUAAAAACCCACGAAAGAUGUUACUACUUAAUGGCUCCAUCUCCAGAAGCUAUGAGAAUUUGGAUUGACGUUAUUUUUACAGGAGCUGAAGGAUAUCGCGAGUUUGAACAUGGCACUUGAAUUUUAAAAAAGGUUGCCUAUCAUGGUCGUUGUAAAAAAGUUAAUUGAAAAGACACAGCUUUUUUUUUGAAAAAACACUAUUAUAUUCACAGAGAUAAAACCAGUAAUUUGUAGUUAAUUAGUAUCGAUUUUAUUUUUAGAAAUGCCUUGACAGGGUGAAUAUUCCUAUUGCACAAAAAUAAUAAUAGUUCAAACUAUAAAUUAAAACUCUUACUCAGUUUACUGGUGCUUACAUAUAAACGAUUUGUUGAAAUAAAUGCAUAUAAAAGUAUUUAUUCCGAAACUAAAAAUUAUCUGAUCUGUUCUUCAAUCAUACCUCGCGUAUAAAUUUGUUGAAAGGAAAGACAUUGAUUUUUUUAAUUCUUUGUGAAAUAGUUCAAAUAAAAUAAUCAUAGAUUUAUACUUCUGUAAUGCAGUGCCUUAAUUUUAAGACUGUAUUUACCAAAUAAAAUGAAGCCAGUUUAAAAUAAUUUGGCAUCUAGUUGUUAAUAAUAGCUCAAUUAAUAUAAAGAAGUGCAUGUUGUUAGAAAGAUAGAGGUAGCUAAAAUUGAAUGGCAACACUUUUAAUCUCAUUAUGAAUGAGUAAAUGCAAUUUUCUGCAUUUAGUCGCUUUAAUCUACAUAUAUUUGUAUAUAUAGUAUAUGACAUUUUAAUGAGAAUUAACAUACUUACUAUAUUUUUACUUAUGUUUUAUACACAAGACUGUUACAGUGACAAAAUGUUACUAUAUUUAUGUAAUCUACAAUUUUACAUAAAAUAUAUACAGUUAUAA